CUCAGAGAGUGAGUCCGACCUCGACGUGAUGGAGGCUCGUGGGCCAGGGCAAGCGACGCCGUUUGUGCGCGAGGAGGCGCCGACGGCACCCGGCAACGGGAUUCCGGGGGACGGAGGCAGCGUUCCCCCGUUGCCCCCUUCGGGAAGGGGCGACUUCGGCGGAGGCAGUGACAGCCCCACCGACAGCAGCAGCAGCAGCAACAGCAGCAGCCCGAGCAGCAGCAGAAGUGAAGCCGGCGGUGCCGGCGGCCCGGGCAGCGAAGAGUCCGGCGACCCAGGUGGGGACGGCGGUAGCGAUGGUGAUCCCGGCGACUCCGAGAACCUCGAGGAAUUGAAGUAUGAUCCAGCCGACGACCGCCACCCCCGCGGGCUAGAAGGGAAGAAACUCCUCUGGGGCGCCUCGAACGCUGGCCCGCUGCGCCAUGGGCUUGAGAGUGGCCGCACGCGGAAGCAGACCCGGGAGAUGCAAGGUGCCGGGGAGAUGCCAGGGCCCGGAGAAACACCGGACCCGGAAGAGGCAUUGCUGGCGACCACCCUGGAAACUGGUGGGACGGGGAUUGUUGAGGACUACAUCUGCAACUCGCUUGUGAAGGAGCAGUGGGACGAGGAGGAGACACGCCGUAUGGAGGAGAUGUACAGGCGCGAGAUGCAGGAGGUGUUGGGCCCGGAACAGCAGGCGUUCGGGGCCGAGGUCGACGCCAGCGGGUCUUCGCAACCACUCCCAGACCCACAGCGAAGUAUGACCUCGCCAAUCGGGCAGAAGCCGAGAGAUGUGGAAGCAGUGCCGAUGACAUACAAGGAUGUGAUGUGUUCCAAGUACGAGGUUUUCUGGGAGGUGGCCAUGAAGAAAGAGAUGGAUGGCCACGACAAGACUGGAACCUUACCCAGGUCAAGGAGCUGCCCGAGGGGCGGAAGGCCAUAGGUUCAAAGUGGGUGUUCUCUUGGAAGACGA